GUGCGGCGUUUCAGACUGCAAACGGCAGCGUUUUCUAGACUACUUUACCUUACUAUCAUUAGGGCUACAUUUCAUCUCCAUGUCUUGUUUUUAAUUUGAUGAAUUCAGCUUUUUUUGAGGAUGACCAGUAAAAUGAAAUUUGUUCGGUCGCUGAUGAAGGCUGCAGCGCUGGCCAACGUGCCCAAACACAUCGAGCAUUUCUCCAAGUUCUCUCCUUCUCCCCUGUCAAUGAAGCAGUUCUUGGAUUUCGGUUCGAUCAAUGCCUGCGAGCGCACUUCGUUUGUCUUCCUUCGUCAGGAGCUUCCUGUCCGUUUGUCCAACAUCAUGAAGGAGAUCAACUUGCUUCCAGAUCGACUGCUGGCCACGCCGUCUGUCCAAAUGGUCCAGAGCUGGUACAUCCAGAGCUUAAUGGAGAUCCUCGAGUUUCUGGACAGGAGUCCUGAUGACCAGAGAGUACUCGAGACGUUUGUGGAGGUCCUAGAAGCCAUUAGGAACCGUCACAAUGAAGUGGUCCCCACCAUGGCUCAGGGAGUGAUUGAGUACAAAGAUGCCUUUGGCCAGCAGGAUGCCGUUACUGACCACAACAUCCAGUACUUUCUAGACCGCUUCUACACCAGCCGCAUCUCUAUCCGCAUGCUCAUCAACCAGCACACUCUUGUUUUCAGCGGCAACAUAAACCCUGCCCACCCCAACACCAUUGGCUGUAUCGACUCCAUGUGUGAUGUGACAGAGGUUGCACGAGAUGCCUAUGAGAGUGCAAAGUUGCUGUGUGAGCAGUAUUACCUGGGAGCACCAGAGCUGGAGCUUAGGGAAAUAAAUGCUAACAACAUCAGAGAGCCCAUCCAGAUCUCAUACAUCCCUUCUCACCUGUAUCACAUGCUUUUUGAACUCUUCAAGAAUGCCAUGAGAGCAACCAUUGAGACUCACGAGGCCAGUAGGACCCUCCCACCCAUCAAAGUCAUGAUUGCCCUCGGUGGGGAGGACCUGUCAAUCAAGAUGAGUGACAGAGGAGGUGGAGUUCCCUUCAGGAAGACAGAGCGCCUGUUCAGCUACAUGUACUCCACAGCUCCCAGACCCUCCAUAGGCGACAAACACAGAGCCCCACUGGCGGGGUUUGGCUAUGGUCUGCCCAUUUCGCGACUCUACGCUCGCUAUUUCCAGGGAGACUUACAGCUCUACUCUAUGGAGGGUAGUGGGACUGAUGCUGUCAUACACCUGAAGGCAUUGUCGACAGACUCGGUGGAGAGGCUGCCAGUUUUUAACAAGACCGCCCUGCGUCACUACAAGUUGAGUUUGGAAGCUGACGAUUGGUGUCUUCCCUCCAAGGAGCCACUGGACUUGGCCAUCUACCGUGUGGCCAAGUGAUUCAAUCUUUAACUGACUUGAUUUCUGACACAAACACUUAUAAGUUGACCGUAAAAUGUCCUUCAAAGUUAGGGCAUUGUGGGACCAGAUCUCUUCCAGUGGUGGAUAGGAGCUCAAGUGGUCAAAGAGCUUCCACAUUGUCUGGGAACUUCCUUGAUCGGUGCAAGUGGCUUUUUUUCCUGUAUUUCCUCCUGCUUUCUUGUGUGCCAUAGGUAAAGGAAGUAAAGAGCAAAGUUGAGUCAAAAUGGUGGACUGUCUACGAUACGCAGUGCUAGAAAUUCAGAAAGAUGGAGAGUGAGAUGGAUAAGUGAAUUGAAGUGAUGGUAGGGCUGAACGAUUUGAAGAUAAUAUCUUACAUCUGCUCACAGAUAUUAGGAUUAGGACUUAAACCAGCAAUUAAAAAGCGGGUUAAUAACAGCUGAAGAGUUGUUCAAUUGUAUGGGAACUUGCUGGUCAAUGACAGCUGACUGAGUUUGAUAUUUGAUAAGCUAAUAAUGAUAAGAUAAUAAUGCUGCUUGAGCUAAUGUUAGCUUCAGAGAUGAUGCUUCAUCCAGAUACAGAAUCUUCACAGUGACAAGAUCAAAACAAAGUUAUGUUGUAGGCCUACUUAAUAGUUCAACUGGGAGAUUUCAACAACUGUUACACUCUCUGCCUUAGUAUGACCCACCAGCCAGCUAAUAGAUAUAUGUCUGGUACUCGAAAUAAUCAGACCAGUUGUUUAAGUGCAUAAAGACUUGUCACUCUGCUGAUGUUUCCGAACAAUGAAAAGAUGCAGUACAGACGCUGGCAUGCAGAUUAACCAGAUAGUUGGGCAGCUCACAAAUAAACAUAAAUUGUCUCUAGCUAGCAAAAUCUCCUAGUGACAGUUGUCUUUAUUGCACUUUUUCAAAUCGUGAUUUGACUUUAAAGUGGUUCAUAUUACCUAAACACUGAGAAGAGUUUCAUUUUCUAAUUAUUUGACAGACAAAAAAUGUUGAGGUACUUUGUCUUUUUAUGGCAUCGUUUUGCUUUGAGCCUACAUGUUUGCUACCUGUAAUAACAGCUGACUGAAUGUGUCGAUAGGUGUCAGCUCUCCAAGCACCAGUAAGAUGGCAGAAAGAAGUCGCGGAAGGUUUUGAAGGGUUUUGCUAGAACAAAAAGCAACGUCUUCCAGCUUGAUAAUAUUCCAUUACUGACCUCACACAGAAUCUGCAAUUGUUUUUUUUUUUUUAAUUGAAUGAGGUGUGUGUUAUUUUUGCUGCAAGAAACACAACACUCUUUCUUUUCUGUGCCUUUUGCAUAGAAAUUGACCACAAACAAAUCCUUUCCAAUGUUUGUUUUUAGCCUUGUACUAACCUAAUAUCCAGAACUCAGCUGCUCAGUUACUGAACAAGGAUCAAGGAUUAUUUGGUUUGAAUUCAGCAGGAACUGUAACACUGCCAGAGAGUUAUGUAAACAUGUCUUCUGUUGACAGUAAUGGUUAUACAUUAAUUAGCUUUACAUAAUAGUGUGGAAGCUUAUUGCUGAAGGCAUGUAGCAUAUGUGUGUGACUGUGGAAAUUGCUUGUUAAACUGUAUAUUAAGAUUCACUUAGUGUAUUCACAAUGCGUGACCCAGACACUGUGUUAUUGUGUGUUAUCUGAAGUGCCUGUAUUUUACUGUAUUUUAGAGUGAACUGUUCAUUUUGGAAGAUUUAUAUUUUUUAUAAAGAAAUAUUUGGAAAAUAAAUCACAGUGAAAUGAAUUUAA